CCGUGGAGACCUGAGAUAAGGUCUGGGCAUCAUCUCCAAAACAGGUUUCAACGUUAUCAGUUGAGAGCAGACGCACAGAAGAAGAUAUGUCAUCUCCCCAACGUCACACGGCAUCCAACCAUACAAACACAUUACGUGUCACAUCUCUUCACGACACCGCUGGGGUUACAUGGAGUGGGGAGACGUUUUCAACAAAGUUGUUUCAGCUUAAUUUCCUCAUUUCAACUCAUCGUAUGUUUUUCUGCAGAACUGACGACAAAGUGAAUUUGAGGUAGGCGGUUCAAGUAAGUAUGCCAUCGAUACAUUCCACGUACUUGUGUUCAUAUUGUGGGCUCUGAUCUCAUUGAAAACAACAGCUGCCAAACUGUAAUAUGAAAAACUAAUCAAAAGGUAAUUAUUACACACUGUAUUACAUUUUUGCCAUUUUCCUCUGUUACUAGUUUGUUUUAGCUAUUGCUGCAAGAGAUUAUAAGAUGACAUUUACUAAUAUCAUUUUUAAUUUGUAAUGCAAGUGUCCUCACAGGCUAGACAGGUGAAAGACUCCUGAAGCGUUUGACAUGGACUCUGCUCUUUGAUGUGGUGGAGGGGAGGACAAUGAAAGCCUGCUUCUACUGCGGAAACACAAGAGGACGCAAAGUUAAUGGCCCGUUUAGGAGAAAUGCGACUGAACAGCAAGAUGGCCCAGAAGAAUAGAAUAAUGGAGAAGACCGAGCAAAGAGAAGAAAAACAAAAAAAUGCUGAAACGAAAACCAAAACAGAGAUUCUUAAAAGAGAUACGCCGACAAUUUGUCAUGAAAUGAAGGAUACUGAACGUCUUCGGAAAACAACACAAGGCGGUAAACAUGAAAUUGAAUUCCUUCGGACAAAAAUAUGGAAGCAAUAUUGGGAUAUUGAAAGACUAAAAGCUGAAAAAGAUGACCAGAAACUAUGGAUAAGAACUUUGACAUUGCAAAUGCAAUACUUUGCUGAGAAAGUGGGGGUUAGUGUCAAGACAGCCAUACAAGAAAAAAUGCUCCUUCAGAAAACGUUGGCCGAAAUUAACAAAAAGACACAAAUACUGGAGAAACAAUAUAAUGGAAUUAAAACCAAGCAACACAAGUUAGAAUCAAUUGUCACACAUUUUAGGCAAAGAUCACAGAAACAUACUAAAAAACAAACAACUACAUUCCCGGGAAUUAAACAAAGUGCGAUUCUUGACACAGCUGAGUUUUUGCAAUCCUGCGUGUUGAAAAACAGGGGACAAAAAUUGAAGAAAAUAAUGCAACAUGUCGUAAAUAAGGGAAAGCCAAUAGAAGAGGAAAGCUUGAUGAUGCACCCCAAUAAGAAAGUGACUGCUAAAAUGUACAGACUGCUUCUUAAAGUAAAAGCUAUAAAGUGGACACACAUGAAGAGGGCACGGAAUGCAAAGGACUUCGCAGAAGAACAAAGAAAAUUCAAAAGGAUGAAAUAUCGAGCACAAAAAAAAUGCCAAGACCUUGACCAACGGCGAGAAAGAAUUAUGAAAGAGAGGGACGAACUAGAAAUCCUCAGGCUAAAGAUACAUCAACAACGAGAUCAGCUUGAAGACAAGGGUUUGACGGAAACAAUCCAAACAAUGGCGAAGGUGAAUGCCACACACCGCUGUAAAGCAGAGCACCACCUGCACGAAGACGUACAGCUUAAUAAGAUGACAAGAUGGACGUCCGAUGAGAUGAUGACUCAGAACAUCUCUGGGAAAUGUAUAGACUCUUCAAUCAAAAAUCCCUUUUCUGCAAUUACUUGUGAACUCAAAGAAGGCCUGAAUGAAACAAACAUGGACUCAUUCAACAAUAUAACACUGGAACAGGAUAGCGCGCCACUAAAUUGGACAGAAAUGGAUGAAGAAAUAGAUGUUGAUGGGGAUUUGAUAAGAGAACGCCGUCACAUUAAAAAUGAGAUCCGUAAACUCACGGAGGAAGGAAAAAAAGUGAGACAGACAAUAAAGAAUUCGAUGUGGGAGAUGGAGAAAACUAAUUGUGACAUCAACAAACUCAUAAUGGAAAUAAAUCACCUGCAAAGCCAAAGACAAAAGACGGAAAGUAAUUUACAAAUUAUAUUAAAUGCAGCUGAAACGCCAAGGGACAGAAAGAAUGACGCGCAGAAACAAGAUCACAAUGAAAAUAAAGACGAACAUAUUCCAGAAUUCCAAAUUAAGAUGACAACUCAAGACCUUAAGUCUCAGUCAUAUUUCCUUCAGAAAAGAGAUGAAAGUAAACAACUGAGAGAAUCAUUCAGUGACAAAGAAGAACAGGUGCGAAAAGACACUCAAUCAGUAGUGGCUGCGCAAAACGUGGACAUAUCAAAUAAUUCAAAGGAGGAUAUUCAGAGACAGAAAAAUAAGCUUGAUGACAAAAAGCCAGUGAUCGAACAAGAUCUACAUAAAAUUGAGUUAGAACCUGACAUCAAGAAAAAGCUAAGUGAACAAGCAUCAAGGAAAAGUCUGAGGCAAAAAGAAACCGAAAAAUUGUGGAAUCAAGUAAAAACGGAAAGAAGAUUUAUUGAUAUGGCAGCCAAAAAGAAAAAGAGGGAGUUAGACAAAAGGCUGGAGAAAAUACGAAGAGAGAGAGAUGAGUUAGAACUUCUAAACUCCAAACUGCAAGAACAGCAAAAUGAGCAGAGUCAUCAUGCUAGCAAUGACCAGACUUGCAGACACAGCAACCGGAGGAUGCAACACUUGGAAAGGAUGAAGGUAGAAAAUAUCUUGGUCAAAACAAAUGAAGAACACAUUAGUUCGAAGGUCAACGGACAUUUCACUGGUCUUCAUGAGCUCAGGAAAGUGAUCCACACACAGCUGGAAAGAGGUAGGAAGGAAAUGGAAAUUCUGGAAAAUGCAAAGGAUCAUCUUUGGAAACAAAAGCUGUCUCUCGUUACUUUAAACGCCAAGAACAAGACAAACAAUGAAGGUCUGCAGAAAAGGUUGCUUGCAUUGAAGCACAGGCUGGCAGACCACAGACAAGUGAAGAACCAAAUAUCAAUUACCAACAAACUAAUAUGGAAUGUAAAGAUCCGAAUGGACAAUUUGCUGUCAAACAUAGUGAAAGAAAAAGAAGACAUAGGGAAUCAAAAGGUGAAGCUCUUGGUGGAAAAACCAAACCUGAACAAAUUGAAGAACAAGUUUAAACAAGAGAAAGAAUACCUGAUCCAAUCCAAUGAGAUCAUGAGCAAGGAGAAAUUGGAGCCUGACAUGAAAAAAGAAAAGAUCACACUGGAAGAGAAUCAACACCAGAUUACAGACAGAUACAGUGACCUUGAAAUCACAGGAAAUGAGUUUAGAAAGAAAAAAAAAGAAAUCGACACAUUAGUUGAGGAGAUGAAGAAAGAGAGGAACACUAUUCAUAAUCUAAAUGCUGGGUUUCAAAUUAAAAUAGCUGACUUGAAUUAUGACCGAUGCCUUUUAAAGCAACAAAAGGAAGACUUGGAUGUUAUCAGAGAAGAACAUGACAAAAAGAGAAAAGAGUUUGAAUCUGCCACGAAGAAAAUGAGUACGGAAAUGCAAAAGAUACUUCUCGAAAGAAGACUUCAUGCAAAAGACAGGGAGAAGAUGGAAUCCGAGCAGAAGGUGUGGGAAGAUGACUUUCGGACGAACAUACAAUCUAUACAAAGAAUCACAGAAAAUUUGAAGGCACAGAAAAAGAAGAAACUUGAAAACAUUUCCAAAAAAAUGGUCACUUUAGAAACCAACAAUGAAGGUGUGCAGAAAAUGUUGCUUGAACUGAAGCACAUGCUGGCAGACCAUACUCAAGUGAGGAACCAAAUAUCAAUCAACAACAAACUAAUAAGGAAUGGAAAGACCCAGGUGGACAACUUGCUUUCAAAAUUUGUGAAAGAAAAAGAAGACAUCGAGAAUCAAAAGGUAAAACUCUCAGUGGAAAAACAAGACCUGGACAAACUGAAGAAUGAGAUUAAACAUGAGAAAGAAUACCUGAUCCAAGCCAAUGAGAUCAUGACCAAAGAGAAACUGGAGAUGGACUUGAUGAAGUCUGACAUGAAAAAAGAAAUGAUCACACUGGAAGACAAUACACGCAAGAUUAAAGACAGAUACAUUGACCUGGAAAUCACAGCAAAUAUGUUGAGGAAGACUAAAGUAGAAAUGGACACAUUAGUUGAGGACAUGAAGAAAACAAAAGAUGAAGUCAAUUUUGACAGAUGCCUUUCGAAGCAACAAAAUGACAACUUUGAGGUCAUCAGACAAGAACAUGACAAGAAGAGAAAGGAGUUAGAAUCCGCUAUGAAAACAAUGACUACAGUAAUGGAAAAACUUCUUACAAUGAAGGCUAAUUUUGAUAUUGAAAGAAGACUGCAUGCCAGAGAAAGAGAGAAGAUUGAACAUUUGCAAUUUGAGCAGAAGGUACGGGAAGAUCACAUAAAUACUAAAAUACUAGCUUUACAAGGAAUUACAGAUCAUUUGAAGGCACAAAAUAAGAAGAAACUUCAAGACAUUAACACAAAAGUGGUUCAUUUAGAAACCAACAAUGAAGGUGUGCAGAAAAUGUUGCUUGAACUGAAGACUAUGCUGGCAGACCAUACUCAAGUGAGGAACCAAAUAUCGAUCAAAAACAAAUUAUGGAAUGCAAAGAUCCAGCUGGACAAUUUGCUGUCAAACAUAGUGAAAGAAAAGGAAGACAUCGAGAAUCAAAACGCAAAAAUCUUGGUGGAAAAACAAGACCUGGACAAACUGAAGAAUGAAAUUAAACAAGAGAAAGAAUACCUUACCCAAGCCAAUGAGAUCAUGACCAAAGAGAAACUGGAGAUGGACUUGAUGAAGUCUGACAUGAAAAAAGAAAUGAUCACACUGGAAGACAAUACACGCAAGAUUAAAGACAGAUACAUUGACCUGGAAAUCACAGCAAAUAUGUUGAGGAAGACUAAAACCAUACUCAAGUGA